CACAACAGUUUGUGUUUAAAUACAUGACUGCGAAUCUGAAUUCAGCGAUAUAAAUAAUAACUCUACUUUAUCACACGAAUGUAAUUGGCACAAGGAAUUUUAAAAAAAUACAUUCAACUGGAUUUGAGUGUCUCUUUUUGGCACAGGUAAAAAAUGGUGACGAAAAGGCUUCGCUCGGAGUACAUGAAGAAAUUUAAAGAUCCCAAAUGGGAGACUUACUCGAAAUGCUACGACGAACUGCUGAGGUACAGGCUGAAACGCAGACUCCUGGAGCAAUCACAUAACCCCUGGUUCUGGAGUGGAACAGAAAGCGAUUCUGAUUCCGCGGGAGAAAACUUAUCUCAAGUCAAAAGCGGUCAGGCCAAGUGUGCUGAGAGAGCUAAGGACCUUCCAAGGGCACCGCUGGAGGAGUGCCAAGGGGCCCAGAUUGAAGUACCAAGACUUUCCGUCCUAGAAAAGGAGCAUUGUGGUUGUCAUCAUCAAGGGGAAAGAGAUUCAAAUGGACCAAAAGAUGAGAGAGCAGAGGAGACUGGCAGUAAACACAAAAGUGUUGUUCACAGGGGACAACAAACAGUAGCUCAGCCAGAAAACGAUCCUGCAGCUCCCCAGACACAGCAGAAAAAGCUACCAAGUCGUUCCAAGUUGACACGCUCCCGGCCCCAGCGGAUCAAAUCUGCACCAGCACGGCCUCCGACCGAGGACGACAAACAUCCUUUUGCUUUGUAUGCUUGUGGUGAGAAGGAUGCCGACAUUGCGGGAAGAAAGACUCACAACGUUCGACCUCUUGCUUCCACCAGUCAGAUCCAUGCCUCCGCUUUGAGGGCAAAGAGCAGACGGGAGGCAGAGCGGCUGGCCCAGAGUCCGCGAAGUGAUAGACGCAGAGCCAGUUCGCCUGAUGCAGACCAACACAGAAUAGUGGUUCAACCUGCGUUCAACCCUUGGCUUACCGAGUACAUGCGUUGUUUCUCUGCUCGCUCCCGAUAAAACAAUUAACAAUCCAAAUAUACUAUUGUGGAUUUGAUAGUAGGCUAUCAUCGAUAGUCAUAUAAUCAUAAUGAUGGCAUUUAGGUAUUGAAAUUUAGGAAUUUUAAAGCCAUACUUGGAUAUGGUUACUACGGUUGCUAAAUAUUGUAAGGCAGCAAUAGUGGUAAGCACAUUUGCUUCAAAUUUAUGAAAAUCAGGGUUCAAAUUUGAGCUUCUGACUUUCAGUGCAGGGUUUGUUAGUUCUUCCAAUGCUUGCAUUUUUUGGCUUUCUCGCACAUCCCUAGAACAAGGUUGAUUGAAGACUAAAUUGCCAGAAUGAGUGGACAUUUAGAAAAGACUAAGACACUUUUCAAUGUUUUAGUCAUACUGUUUGAACACGUAUUGAGACUUUUUUUUUUUUUUUGCAAAAGACAUACAGAAAUUUCUAUGUUACAUACAGGUCAUAUCUGUACAAUUGUUGUAAUGUGCAUGAACACUAACUACGUUUUUUUUACCCUGCAUUUUUGUCCCAUAAAGACAUCUGAUGACCGUGUGCGAGAGGUAUUUAGUCGUGUUGUAUUUGCAAUAUUAAUUUACGUUUUAUUGAUUCAUCAGAAUUGUCCUUUGAGGGACUUCUGUGCUAAAAGUUGAAUUAAAUUAUACGGAUAUGAAUUAUAAGGACAUUGAACCAAAUGAAAUCAGAUGGUUUGCCCAUUUGAAGGGCUGACUCAGCUGUGCCAUAUGAUGACAUUUUUUUAUACUGAUGUGAUGUGAGUUCAGGUUAAAAUAAACAGUUUUUCUGUAAAUGUUUAUCGUAACUGAAAGCUCAGUAUAAUUCUGUAAAUAUCUAACAAAGAUGUGGAAAUUUGUGCAAUAUUAAGACACUGGAAAAAGUGUGAGGUAACAAUCUUAAUGCUGAAUUUGAAAGUUGUUUCUAUUUUUGCUUUACUUCUUGUAGUUAGAUCUUUUCCAUCAAACGGAUUGUGAUUGUGACAGUGAGGAAUGUUCCUUGAUGUUUUCAAGAGCAGCAGAUAGUCUUGAGUUAAAAGGUUUGGUUGAAUAUAGAAAGUAGUUGUAUGUCACCUCAUUUUCACAUUGACAAUAUACUGAAGAAAGCAAUGUUAUAAUUAAACACUCAAAGGGUUGCUAUAUUUUUUACAAUGUCAUGUUUACCUUUUGAAGUUUUAAUAAAUACUGUUUCCACUCGUUUUUUUGGUCCAAGUCUUUAAUUAUUUUAAAUCGUAUUUUGCUUUGGGAAUUUUGUUGAUAAUUUUUUGUUCUAACCUUACAGCUUUUAACUCUGGCUGCAAUUGACGGCAGUAGACGUUCAAUCCAUUUUAAUUGGGAAGUUAAAAUGGAACCGGCUGAAACUGAUUGGAUGUCUUUAGCAGAGAGAAGUUGUUUUCUAUCAAUUUACCUUUUUUACCAACUACCAC